GGGUUUUCCGCGGGCAUCUGUAAGCGCCGCCCCAGUGUUUUGGCGUCGGAUAAACAUGACGGACUGAAGAACGGAAGGAUUGAACAGAACUGAAGAUCGUUGGCUCUUAGACCCAGAGAGAGUUUGCAGCAUCAGUCUGUCAGAGUUGAUGAUUCAGCAGGAGAAGCCGUUAGCGGGCAGUAUGCCAGUGGUUUGGCCCACGCUGCUCGACCUCAGCAGAGAUGAAUGCAAACGAAUCCUGCGCAAACUGGAGCUGGAAGCGUACGCCGGUGUGAUCAGUGCUCUGCGUGCUCAAGGAGAUCUCACCAAAGACAAGAAGGAUCUGCUGGGAGAACUCACUCGAGUACUGAGCAUCUCGACGGAGCGUCAUCGAGCCGAGGUACGCAGGGCUGUGAAUGACGAGCGUCUGACCACCAUCGCGUAUCACAUGUCGGGGCCCAACAGCUCGUCCGAGUGGGCCAUCGAGGGCCGGCGGCUGGUUCCUCUCAUGCCCCGACUGGUUCCUCAGACGGCCUUCACUGUGAUGGCUAAUGCGAUGGCCAAUGUGACCGCACACCAGAACGCCUCGCUGCUGCUCCCCGCAGACACCGCCAACAAAGAAGUGGUGGUGUGUUAUUCAUACACCAGCACCACCUCCACUCCACCCAGUGCAUCGGCUCCCAGCAGCUACAGCGCAGCAGCGGCCGUCAAAUCCCCUCGACCCGCCAGCCCUGCCUCCAACGUGGUGCUGCUGCCCAGCGGGAGUACAGUCUACGUCAAGAGCGUGAGCUGCUCCGAUGAGGACGAGAAACCUCGUAAGAGGCGGAGAACCAACUCGUCUAGCUCCUCCCCCGUACUGCUGAAGGAGGUGCCUAAAGUGGCCACGCCCAUUUCCAAAACCAUCACGGUCCCGGUGAGCGGCAGCCCCAAGAUGAGCAACCUGAUGCAGAGCAUCGCCAACUCUCUGCCGCCGCACAUGUCUCCGGUGAAGAUCACCUUCACCAAACCCUGCACCCAGACCACCAACAGCACCACGCAGAAGGUGAUAAUCGUGACCACGUCUCCCAGCUCUAACUUCGUACCCAACAUCUUGUCCAAGUCGCACAACUACGCGGCCGUGUCGAAGCUGGUCUCGAGCGCCGCGCUCUCCGUCUCCAGCCACAAACAGACCAUGGUGCUCUCAGCCGGCUCCACCGCGGCCCCGGGGCCCAGUCCUGUCGCCGUGACGACCACUGUGUCCUCCACACCCUCAGUGGUGAUGUCCACCGUCACACAGGGCGGCUCCUCCGCGGCGGUGAAGCUGUCCUCCACUCGUCUGCCGUCUCCUAAGUCUCUGGUCAGCUCUCCGUCUCAGAUCCUGCAGAUUUCUAAAGCGCAGCAGCAGACGGCGGUUCAGUCUGCGUCUCCUAAAGGCCUGCAGACGUCUCUCUCGUCUCAUCAGAGCUCCAGCGCUGGAGCCAAACCCACCAUUCAGAUCAAACAGGAGUCUGGAGUGAAGAUCAUCACGCAGCAGAUGCAGCCCAGUAAGAUCUUACCCAAACCCUCCAGUGCAUCGCUGCCCAGCAGUAGCUCCGCCCCCAUCAUGGUGGUCAGCAGCAACGGUGCCAUCAUGACCACCAAACUAGUGUCCACUCCCACAGGCUCUCAGGCGGCGUACACGCGUCCAUCCGUCAGUCCUGCGCUCGCUGCUCGAGUGGCCACGUCUCCCGCCGGAGCCACGUACGUCAAGACCACCAGCGGCAGCAUCAUCACCGUCGUGCCCAAGUCUCUGGCCACGCUGGGGGGCAAGAUCCUCACCAGCAGCAUGGUGUCGGGAACCAGCACCAAGAUCACCACCAUCCCCAUGACCUCCAAACCCAACGUCAUCGUGGUGCAGAAGACCACCGGCAAGGGGACGACCAUCCAGGGUCUGCCGGGGAAGAACGUGGUGACCACGCUGCUGAACGCCGGGGGAGAGAAGACCCUGCAGGCCGUCCCCGGAGCCAAGCCUGCCAUCAUCACCGCGUCGCGGCCCAUCACCAAAAUGAUCGUGACGCAGCCCAAGAGCCUCGGCGCCGGCGUCCAGCCGUCCACCAAAAUCAUCCCCACCAAGAUCGUGUACGGCCAGCAGGGCAAAACACAGGUGUUGAUCAAGCCCAAGCCCAUGGCGUUCCAGACAGCGGUGGUCAGUGAACAGACCCGUCAGCUGGUCACCGAGACCCUGCAGCAGGUCACACGCAGCGCAGAAUCUGGCCAGGAGGGGGCGCACAAAGACGACUCGCCCUCGUAUACAGAGACGUCUGACAGCACUCACGACGCUCAUCCGGUGGUGCACCUCGUCACCUCCAGGGGGCAGGACUGGACGGAGCAGGAGGUGUCUGUGGAGGCCAGCCCCACCAUCAUCUACCAGGACAUGAGCGGAGAGUCUCAGUCGGCCACGUCCACCAUCAAAGCCCUGCUGGAGCUGCAGCAGACCAGCGUGAAGGAGAAGAGCGACGCUAAACCUCGCCAGAACACGAUCGACCUGAGUCAGAUGGCAGUGCCGAUCCCGGUGCCGGAGCGGAGACAGUCCCCGGAGCCGUCGGGUCAGAGCCCCGGAGACACGGACCCCGGAGCCCAACACAUCCCCAUCGGGAAAGUGUGUAAGACUGUGAUUGGAGGAGAUGUCCCGAGUCCAUCAGCAUCGGCUGCGUCUGCACACACCACACAACAGGUGAAGCCGCUGCAGGAGCAGAUGGAGGAGGGCGAGUCGGAGGGAGACACUCUGGAUCCUCAGACGGGUUUGUUCUACCGCUCGUCUCAGCCCAAACCUGCAGCCGAGCCGUCAGACACGCCCACUUCCUCUAAGAGGGCGGAGCCUCUCACGGCCCGGGUCUCUGUGCAGAGAGUGUGUGUGUCUGCGUCUGCUUCUGCGCUCGUCUCCUCCACCCCUCCACACACACCGCAGCUGCCCAGACUGCAGCAGGCGCCUUCCUCACACAACCGGCCCAAGACACACACGCAGCUGUCGCAGCCGCCGCCGCUGCAGGCGCAUCACCCCGUGGGCUCCAGCAAGACUCAGCUGCAGCAGCCCAUCAUCACGCAGGGAGCGUCCGUCACCAAGAUCACGUUCGGGGCUCAUCAGUGCCCCCCGGUGUCCAGCAGCGGCGAGGCGUCCGUCAAGCUCCAGCCGGAGUCCAGCUCCAGUCGACCAGCGCCAGAGAAGCCCUCCGACAUCCUGAAGAUCUCCAUGAUGGAGGCGGAGAUCGAGCCCAUGGUGGUGGACUCGUCCAGUGACUGCGGCCCGCUGACCAAGACCCCGAGCACCUCGCCGCUCAUCAGCAGCUCCAAACAGACGCUCGCUCACGGAUCCUUCAGCCGCGUCAAGAGCAAAGACCUGGACAUCAUACAGGUGAUCCCGCAGUACUCCAUCAUGCCGGACUCCAGCCAAUCAAACGUGGUGGUGGAGCCCAGCGGCUUCCUGGAGAUCAGCGACUACACUAGCCAGCGUCUGGACGAGGAGGCCGCCAUGGAACAGGAAGUGGACAGCAGCAACGACGAGGGGGCGGCGGCCAGCCCCAGGGCCGACCAAUCACAGUGAAGCGUGCGGAUUUGAUUUGUUCAGAGGAGAAAGACCUUCUGUUAGUGCUUCAUCACGUCUGUAUAGAGAAUCAUGCAGUGAGUUUGUGCAGUAGAGAUGGACGGAACCAUAGUAAUGUUUGUGUUGAUUUAUACUUAAAGGGACAGUUCACCAAAAAAUAGUCAUUCUGUCUUCAUUUACUCCCCUUCAAGUUGAUCAAACCUGUGCGAGUUUCUUUCUUCUGUUGAACACACACUAAAAAAUGGUGAUAAACAAACAGCUGUUGGUAGCCAUUGAGUUCAAUACUUGGGAAAAAUACUAUGGAAGUCAAUGGGUACCAGCAAAUAUUUGGGUACCAAUGUUUUUAAAAUGUAUCCGAAUUGUUGAAUACAUCAGAAGAUAUUUCUUAUGGCCAUAACAUUCAUUUUUGUAAAAAUAAAAAAAAAUCUGAUUAUAUAUACUUUGAAGGAUGAGUGUAACCAAACAGUUGACGGUAGCCAUUGACUUUUAUAGUAAGAAAAAAACACUAUGGAAGUCAAUGGGGACCAAAAAAUCUGAGUUGUGUUUAAAAAUGUAUACAAGAUAUUUCACAGGGCCCUGA